UCCGGACACUCGGAGACUCCGCUCGGGAGAAAGUGGACGAAGGUUCGGAGAGAAGCGUAAAGUGCGAAAGUUACAACCUGCGUCAAAUCCGUACGUGGGUUCCUCCGGAUCUGGAUCACGAUCAAGAUCCGGGAAAAGUUUGUGGAAUAAAAACCAAAGAAUCCGAGUUGGUCCCCGAGGCUCCGCUCACACUGAAGCCGGGUUCCGGUCACUGAGGGCGGCUGGAGAGAGACUGACAGGCCGGAGAGGAGUCCUGAGCACAUCACCCCCCCGAUGCCCUCUACUCCUCCAAUCACAUCAGCUCUGCACACCCCCGGAUAUAACAUCUACCCCCGAAACUAAAAGUGAAAAGAAGAAAAGUCUGAUCAGGAAAUCACGACUUGUCUUUCUCUCCUGGCUCUGAGGAAAUAUCACAGAGGAGUUAUCACUUGGUGUUUCCUGGCUGAGCGUCAGAGGCACGGAGCGUCUCACCUGAGGCACGUCCACGUCUCCGCCGCUCAGCAUGGCGCUCAGCAUGGCGCUCAGCAUGGCGCUCUGACAAGGCGGCGGGAUUUUUAAAACACAGCCGGUUCAAAGAGGAGGAGGCAGGAGCAUGGGGAAGGAGCAGGACCUGCUGCAGGCGGUGAAGAGCGGAGACCUGACGUCCACCCAGAAGCUGCUGUCCAAACUGAAGAGCAACAGAAACAAGCUGCUGGGCUCCACCAAGAGACUGAAUGUGAACUACCAGGACUCCGACGGGUUUUCCGCCCUGCACCACGCUGCUCUCACUGGGACGUCCGAGCUGCUGUCUGCUCUGCUGGAGGCUCAGGCCAGCGUCGACGUCAAGGACAGCAACGGAAUGCGUCCGCUGCAUUAUGCAGCGUGGCAGGGGAAAGCCGAGUCCGUCCUGAUGCUGCUUCGCUCCGGAGCCUCGGUCAACGGCGUCUCCCUGGACGGACACAUCCCGCUCCACCUGGCUGCUCAGUACGGACACGAUGAAGUGUCUGAGAUGCUGCUGCAGCAUCAGUCGAACCCGUGUCUGGUCAACAAGGCCAAGAAGACGCCUCUGGACCUGGCCUGUGAGUUCGGACGAGUCAAGGUGGCCCAGCUGCUUCUGAGCAGUAACAUGGUGGUGGCGUUGUUGGAAGGAGAGAGGAAGGAGCCGACAGACUCGGCCUUCACAACGCCACUGCACCUCGCCGCCCGAAAUGGUCAUAAAGACAUCAUACGGCUGUUGCUGCAGGCCGGUAUCGACAUCAAUAAAACCACCAAGUCCGGCACGGCGUUGCACGAAGCUUCUCUCUACGGUAAAACGGAGGUGGUGCGCCUGCUGCUGGAUGCCGGAGUGGACGUCAACAUCCGAAACACCUACAACCAGACGGCGCUGGACAUCGUCAAUCAGUUCACCACCUCACACGCCAGCAAGGACAUCAAGCAGCUGCUCCGAGAUGCGACGGGGGUUCUGCAGGUCAGGGCCCUGAAGGAUUACUGGAACCUCCACGAUCCCACCGCCCUCAACAUCCGAGCCGGUGACAUCAUCAUGGUGAUGGAGCAGCACGUGGACGGACGCUGGAAAGGCCACAUCCACGACAGCCCGAGAGGGACGGACCGAGUCGGCUUCUUCCCCCCGUCCAUCGUGGAGGUCAUCAGCCGGAGGAACGGUUUGUCUCCGAGCCGCCUGUCUCAGUCUGGGUGUCCCUUCGAGGACAUCUGGGUCCUCAGAGACUCGUGUCAUGCAGGCGACAGAAACAGCGUUGGGAGCACAGGCAGCGUGGGCAGCACCCGCAGCGCCGGGAGUGGACAGAGCACCGAGAGCAACCACGCCCCCAACGGUUUCCCCCACCACAGCGGUCACCAUGACAACAACGCCAACAAGACAGCGCCCCCUGCUGCUGAUUCUGGGCACUCAGAUCUCAGCGACCAGCCCGAUCUCCCUGCAGGUGGAACUCCUCGGAGACAGACGGUGACGGUGCAGAAACCCGCGGAGCAGAGCUUCUCUCAGCAGUUUGUUCGCCCUCAGCAGCUGCUGGAGGGGAAGGACGCUGAGGCCAUUUACCAGUGGCUGAGUGAGUUCCAGCUGCAGCACUACACUGGGAACUUCCUCAGUGCUGGUUAUGAUGUACCCACCAUCAGCAGGAUGACUCCUGAGGAUCUGACGGCCAUCGGAGUGACCAAACCAGGCCACCGCAAGAAAGUCUCCAUGGAGAUCAACACCAUGAACAUCCCCGAGUGGCUGCCUGAGUACAUCCCAUCGGACCUGGGCGAGUGGCUCAGCGCCAUCGGACUCCCUCAGUACCACAAGAAACUUUCUGAGAACGGCUACGACUGCAUCAGCAUCGUCAAAGACCUGACCUGGGAGGAUCUGCAGGAGAUCGGCAUCAUCAAGCUCGGACACCAGAAGAAGCUAAUGCUGGCAGUCAAGAAGCUUUGUGACAUCCAGAGGGCGAUCCUCCACGCUGAAUCUGGCCAUGACACGCUGCGACGCAGAGGCCCCGGAGCGCUGCACCUGGUCGCCAUCGAACCGGCCGACUCAGACUCCUCCCCUCACACCCCAAAGAUGCUGACCUUCCAGGACAGCGAGCUGAGCGCCGAGCUACAGACGGCCAUGUCCAGCCAUUACGGCGGCUGCGAGGAAGGUUUGGCCUUCAAGAACGCCGUGGGAAUGUCCCAGAGCCAGGAGAGCAUCGACACCCGUUCCAGAGGCUCCGGCCGCUCCCAGGAACCUCCCACAGCCUCCAUCACCCCCCACAGCUGGUCGCAGGAGAGCCUGGACGACGGCUCGGCCAAGGAGAGGAACCUCCCUGAGGGCUGGGACCAGAGGCCCAAGCAGGUUCCUCUGGGCACGGCCACAGUGUUCAAGUACCCCGCCAUCCCGGCCAAGCCCCGACUGUCGGGAUCUCGUGGCCCCUCCCCUCAUGGCUCGCCAGCACUGAAGGGUUUCAGUUACCUUCAUUCUCACUGUGGCUCCACAGAACUGAGCUCCUCUCACCGCCCUGCGCGCCACACCGCCACCCUGGCUCCGCCCAAGAGACGCACCCAGAGCAUGACCCGCUACGCUCUGUCAGACGGCGAGCCUGAUGACGACGAUGAGGAGCCCGCAGUCCACUCAGGAAACCUGCCGUCCUACGCCACAUUAACCCGCAAGCCGGGGCGCAGCCAGCUGGCUCGAUUGCAGACGAGUCCAGAGAAGGGCGGCAGCGUGGGGCGCAGUCAGUCAUUCGCUGUGCGCGCCCGGAAAAAAGGUCCCCCUCCACCCCCCCCGAAACGACUGAGUUCAGUCAGCAGCACGACCAGCGGCGAGCUGAGCGACAGCAGCACGUCUUCGUCUUCAGGCCGGGUGGUGACGGACAGUCCGGGCAGCGUGAGGAGCAUCGCUGAUGCUCUGGAAGGAAGCGUAGAGGGGAGGAGCUCCCCAGGACCCACACCAGAGCUCGGCCACCAGGAGGCGCCCUCCCCCUCCCUCAUCUCUGCGGGACAGGAAGUGAGAGAGGCUCCAGGGGUGAGGAGGAGGGUGCAGAGCGAGUGCGUCCCCGCCCACAGCGGCGCCGAGCCCGACCGGGGAGUGAAGUCGGACUCGGAGGAGGACGGACCAAAAGGCCUGGAGAGCUCCUCGUCGCCUCAGAACAGCUCCAGCGAGUGCCUCCCCUUCGCAGAGGAGGGAAACCUGACCAUCAAACAGAGGCCCAAAGCCCCGGGGCCCCCGAGGGCCGAGGCCGUGCUGGAGCCGCCGGACAAACACGCAGCCAAGAGCCUGGAGGUGCCCGAGUUCAACCUGAAGGAGUCGGACACGGUGAAACGCCGACAGAAACCCAGAGACAAGGAGCAGGGAGGAGGCUCCCCCAGCCGGGAGGAGGCGGGGCAGCCGGGCUCGCCGGCCGGCAGCAGGCCUCAGAGCCGAGAGGGCGUCGCUCUGAGGAUCAGUGACACGGGUGUAGAGCGGCCGGCCAGUCCGGCUACAGGGUCACAGAUCAAACCCCCACUCUCCCCCAAACCCCCCACUGUCGCCCCCAAACCUGUACGUCACAGUCUGCUGGCUGCACAAGCAGCUGGACCCUCGACUCCAGCUCUCACCGUCAGUGUGGUUCAGAGUUUGGCCUUCACCUCUUCGUCCUCUCCGCUCCACGGGCCCCCGGCUCUGGCCCCGACCUCGUCUUCAGCCCCGGCCCCUCAGAGUCCAUCUCUGACAGCGGCGAGGCCUCAGGUGUGUGUGGUCGGUCCGGACCUGGUCCCGGAGCCGUCCUGUGGGACUGAGGUGGUUCAGCAGAGACUGGAUCAAACCAGCACGUCUCUGGAAGCAGCUCUGAAGGCUGUGGAGAGAAAACUGAACCUGGACGACAACUCAGACGGCGGAGCAAACUCUGUGAAGUCUGCAGGAACCAUCCUGGACGACAUCGGAAACAUGUUCGACGACCUGGCCGACCAGCUGGACGCCAUGUUGGACUGAGGACUCCUCCCACAUCUAUAUACAAAUAUAUUUAUAUAUAUCCAGCCUCAAGCUCAGGAAGUGAAACACAGAAAGAGAGAAGGGGGGAAGGAUGGAUGAAGGAUGAAGGAGGGAUGAAGGAGGGAUGAAGGAGGGAUGAAGGAGGGAUGAAGGAGGGAUGAAGGAGGGAUGAAGGAAAUCCUCCGUCAGCGGUGGAACACCAGCGCUUCUUCUCCUCCCUCUUUCUUCAGACUCUCAAACUGCGUCUUUCACUCACGUCUGGUUCGGUUUGGAACCAGCAUCUUCUCCUCGUGUCUUAUCGAACACGAACCAGACGCUGGAGCAGCAUCGUCACAUUAUCAUGAUUAUUGUUAAACACUAAUAUUGAAACAUGAAGUUUUAUCGUUUUGAUUUUACAGAGCUGAAGACCUGACGUCCUUACUGUCACUUCCUGUUCCUGAAGCAUGACACUUCACUCAAACCUUUACUGACGGAUCACGUGAUGGGUCACAUGACUGCUCGGUCGCUAAAGGAGCCGCUUUGCGUCUUUUAGCUCAGUUUUGGUUUUUGUGUUUUAAUUAAAUCGUCGAAUGAAUAUGAAAAGUUGCUGUGUAGCGUGGUCAGAAGGGGGCGCUGUAGGUCAGGAAACAAAACCAGUCGCUGAUCAACCAGAGAAAAUAUAAGGGGAGAAGUUGAAAUGGUUCUUUCUUCUUCUUUGAUUUCUGUUAAGGCAGAAACAGCUGAUCAGUCACAUGAGGUUAAUGUUUUCUUCGUCAGAACUUAUUCAUAAAAGAGCGUUAACUCCUUUUUUUAAAAGUCAAAAACCGAAAGUAAAAAACUUUGAUUGAUGACAGUUCUUUUUAAAAUGUCAUCAAACUUUUUUGACAUGAUGCCUCAAAACUCACAUAUUAAAAACAGACUCCUGUCAGAACAGCUCCUCCCUCUGAAGGUGGAGGAGACCAAGCACGGAGAUAAAAGAGGAAACACUUUUCUGUCCUCAACCCUCCAGCGUCUCUCUAACUGUCUCUUAGUGGAAGUUGUUGCAGCGCCCCGUGUGGCCGUGCAGCUUGUUGCAGGCUGUGACAGUCCAGUUCAGUUUUAUAUUUGGAUUCAGCUGCGUUUCUUUUUCUUUGUAAACCACAACAUCAACUAGAGGGAAUAGUUAAAACUGACAUAUUAUGAAUAUUAUAGAUAAAAUAUAUUUAAUAGUUCCCUCUAUCAUGAUCCAAACCACAGACUGAAUACGAGUCUCACUUCCUCCAGCAAAGAAGCUAAAAUAUCUCACAUAGGAACGCUGCCAUCUUGUGGUGAUGUCGUCAUUUGGAGUCAGGGUCUGUGCAGUAGUGAUCAUGCAGCCGGCCACCAGGGGGCGAUAGAGACGCUUUGGCUUCACUUUUGGGAACAAUCAUGUCGUCCGUCUUAACAUUAGUGUCGUUAUUUCUGGAUCGAACUCGUCUGAACAUUUCAAAUGUUACUUUGAAAAUAUUUAAGAAGAAAAUCUAUUUUAUACCAAUUGAUCUUUAACCACGUGUUCUUCUUCCACCUUUUCUACAAAUGUGUUUGUUUGAAUCAACCUGUGAAAAUGGAGUUUAAACAAAGGGAGGAGAAGCAUGUUCAGCUCAUUUCAUGUUUGUUCAGUGUCAUGAACAUAAUAUACAGACUAUUUUUUGAUAUUUUAGCCACGUUAGUAUUUAAAUGAGAGUUAUCUAAAUAUGUAUAUUGAACACUAGAGGUAAAUCCAGGAGCAGAUAUUCAACCAAAGGUCUUUGCACAGAAAUGUUCACAUAUUUACUUUUAAGAAAACAGAAUCCUGAGCUUCCUCCUCGUUAUUCCAGCUUGUUUAUGAAAUGUAUUUAGCAUGUACUAGUGAACAUGUUUAAUCUGAGAAGCACAUUGUUAAACUGGUGUGUUUGGUUUUGUGCUGUGAUCAUGUGACCUCUGUGAGAAAGAGACGUUCUGUGUUCGUCAGCUCAGAGUCUCAGGAAAUUCCCCUGGACCUGAACGCAUCGCAGCUCCUGCUCAAAGUUUGGAAGAUGAAAGAAGCAGUUUUACAAAGAAACACGUUCUUUUCUACGUUGAUGUAAAUACACGUCUUUAUAGUAUAUGUAUAUUUACUGUGGCCUGAUUAAACUGUUGUAAAAGAAAA